GCGCAGUGUCCUGUAAUAACGUUAUCAUUACACUAGUCUGCGCUUUAAGGUAGCCUAGCAACCUGCCUGACGUUGUGACAUUUUAAUUCUCUGUAUGGUGGUGUAAGACUAACUCUCGGAUUAAUUACAUAAUCGACACGACAGAUGCUCAAUUAAUUUAUGUAAUCCUAGUCACAACGUCAAUUGAAUUUGGGGGUUGAGAUUCAUCUUGGGUUCCUUUAUUACGGUCGCCAGCUCUGACUCUAUUCUUAAUCAGACAGUCUCAGGACGGUGUGUAAGUGAUGUUGGUUCCUCUCUAGGAAAACAGUUGCACUGGUCAGAUGGCAGGUAAGCAGGAUCGAGGCGCAGGCAACUGUCCCGUAAACUGAACAGUCGGUAUCACGCGCACAGAAGCUCCAUCAGUAGUCUAUCUCAAGGAUGCUGUGUUUACUGGACAUCAGGCACGAAUCUACUUGUUUUCACGUUUUAGGACACUAAACUCGCGUACCGGGAACAGCGCCCGGUUUUUCACCUUUGACAGGUCGCGCUAGUGUCACUUACGGGCUGUCAUUCGCCAGGGUAUCGAUUUGUCAUUCCCCGGGGCGUAGUAUAUUUCAGAUGAGUCUAGAAGAAAGCCGUUAACCGUAAAGUGCUGGUGUUUUGACGAUUGAAAACCUGUAGAUAUGUCCCAUAUCAUGGACUAAUUCAAUUGGAUAAGUAUUUCAUCAUGCCCUGCCUUGCGCCAGAUUGAGACCGAUUCACUGGCGAAGCAUUUCACCUUGCAGAUGAAAGGUUGAUGGAUCAAAUGCAGCAGAAACAAAGCAGUAUAGAUCCAGCAAGAGUCUCUAGACAACCUGGAUUGAAUGCUGUUCCAGGACCUGCUCUACCCCUACAGCCAACAGCCCUGGACACCUCUAUGACCUGUCCUAUAAUGGGAUCUGGGAAACUCCCAGGAAUGGGUCCAAUUCAGGCCUCAGGUGUACGUGAGAUGCUAGACCCGGUGAGGCCGGAGCAUGUACAGCCUGGGUCCAGUGCUGCAGUUCCAGUCAACAUCAGCCGUCCCAGACCUACUGCACUGAAUUCCUCCAGAGGUCCAGAGGCUGAUAUGAAGGAUAAGGCCUUUAUUCCAAACCGCAUUCCUGGACCACACAGCCCCAUCUCCCUGUCCCAGUCCCCCAUAGAGUCUUCCCAGUUGUCCCGCAGUCCUCAGAGUCCUCAUAGCACUCAGCCUUACACCAGCCAGUCUUACCUCAUCCCACAGCCUAACCUGCCUCAGCCUUGCCUCACCCCGCCAUCCAGCCUCAGCCCCAAACCAGGCUCCAGUCCACAACCCCAGGGGACCAGAUCCCCUGGGGGCGCUGUGAAGAACCAGCUACAGACUGACAAGACUGAAGGAGAAACAGAUUACGGCUUCAGGGUUCACAUUGUCACAUGGAAUGUGGGCUCUGCUCUUCCUCCUGAUGACAUCAGCUCUCUGUUUGGGCCGCAUGCUGGCGAUGGGAGCACAGACAUGUUUAUCAUUGGGCUACAGGAAGUGAACUCUAUGAUUAACAAGCGACUGAAGGACGCUCUCUUCACCGACCAGUGGAGUGAACUCUGCAUGGACACACUGAGUCGAUUUGGAUAUGUGAUGGUGACGUCCCAGCGUAUGCAGGGGGUGCUGUUGCUGGUGUUCUCAAAAUAUUGUCAUCUUCCAUUUCUGAGGGGUUUGCAGACAGAGAAAACACGCACAGGCCUCGGGGGCUACUGGGGUAAUAAAGGGGGUGUAAGUGCGAGGAUGACGAUGUUCGGCCACCCGGUGUGUUUUCUGAACUGUCAUCUGCCGGCUCACAUGCGGAACCUGGAGCAGCGCAUGGAGGACUUUGGAAGCAUUCUGCAGCAACAGCAGUUUGAGGGCGGGACCGCCUCGGGUGUGCUGGACCACGACGUGGUGUUCUGGUUUGGAGAUCUUAACUUCCGCAUAGAGGACUAUGACAUUCAUGUGGUGAAGAGUGCCAUUGACAGCAAUAAACUACCUUUGCUGUGGGAGAGAGACCAGCUCAACAUAGCCAAAAACAGUGAGUCCAUCUUAGACGGCUUCUUAGAAGGCCCUCUCAAAUUCCCCCCCACAUAUAAGUUUGAUGUGGGGACACACACAUACGACACCAGCAGUAAGAAGCGAAAGCCAGCAUGGACAGACCGUAUCCUGUGGCGUCUGCGUUGUACGGGCUCCCCUGUUCCUACCCACAAUGCUGCGCUGCAGCAUGGCCUGACCUCUUGGCUGGGUGGGGCAACCAAGGUGGUGCAACAUUCCUACCGCAGUCACAUGGGCUACACCUGCAGCGAUCACAAGCCUGUCUCUGCUGUCUUCUCAUUACAUUUCCCAUUUAAAGUGGACCUUCCUCUUGUAACGUUAGAGUAUGUGAAGGAGUGGACUAAGGUUUCUGACGCUACAGUCAGGUUCACUGUGAUGUCCAACGUCCAGCGCAGCUCAUGGGACUGGGUUGCAAUAUACAAGGUUGGGUUCAAACAUCACAAGGACUAUGUAACAUAUGUGUGGGCCAAAGCAGAUCAUGGGUCACAGGUGACAUUUACAGAGGAGGAUUUACCCAGGGAUGCAGGGGAAUACAUUUUGGGUUUCUACAGUAAUAACAUGAACACUAUUAUCGGUGUGACAUCGCCCUUUCAGAUCCAUGUUCCUGUGCGCAGCCCGACAGCCACAACAGUAUGCUGCUCAGACAGUUCUGACGUCAGCUCGGAGGAUGACAGCACACUGGUCCUGCUGGCCCCUGCAAGCUCCCGCAGCCCAAGCCCUGGAAAAAUAAAACACCACCAUCGCCACCGCCGCAGCCACAGUCCUGCUCACUCCAACACCCCCAUGCCCUCCCUGCAGAGCCUCAGCCUGCACCCUCGUCCCCUAGAGGGGCUCCCAAGCAGCCGCUCGCCCUGCUCUGCUGCUAAGAAGGAGCGCCUGGUGUCCCCCCAGGACACCCUGCCAUCGCCCAUCAGCCCGCUCUCCCCCCGCAGCCCUGUGUCCCCUGGAGGUGGGGUCUCAGCCCCAGAGGCUCUAAUCGCUGCCAUCCUGGGGGAGCAUAGACCAACUCAGGUCACCCCCACAGGGGGCAGGUCACCAGGCAAGACUGGAGAGACAAGUUUAUGAGGAGCCCAACCAACACUAUCUGUGGGGUCAUGAAUAUGCAGAGACAUUAAAGGUUGAAUUCAAUCCAUAUCGAAUAAUUAUUGUGGAAGAUCCGCAUUACAGCUCGAAAUUUAAAGGCAAUGUUCCCGCUUUCACGGAGACUGUUCACGGAAAACGCUGCAUGUCGGCUCAAUAGAAAAUUACCCUUAAAUUUGUUUCUGCGAUACAGAUUGAAUCUAGCCCUAAGAUAAGACUGUUGAAAUGAGGGCCAGUAAACACCAUAUGAUGAUAGUAUCUAGAGCUGAUAUGGUCCAUUAUUUCUAUGCUGAUCUGACCUCACACUGUCACUGCACUCAUAAAAGCAGUGCAUUGUACGAGUUGUAGUUUACAACAUUCCACAUGUUGGUCAACCAGUUGUCUCUAUUUCUUAAUACCUGUUAAAUGUAAUGUCAAAAUGUAGAUUUCCGUCUAAAUAUACCCAACAUACCCAAAAGUAAUGAUUUAUUAUGAGAGGGCCAUAAACAAUACCAGCUAAUGCUUAGCUGAGG